AUGGUCUCCACGGCCGACAACGAACGUUAUGGCGUUGUACUUGAUGCGGGCUCAUCAGGUACACGCGUAUAUGUGUACAGAUGGUUGGACAAUUCUGUCGCUCGCCUGGAUACUUCAAGCCUCCAUGCACUCCCCGAGUUAGAAACAAAGGACAAGUGGACCAAGAAAGUUCAUCCUGGCGUCUCAACGUUCGGUACUACUCCUGAACUGGUCGGCGAUGACCAUCUCAAACCGCUGAUUAAACAUGCGCUGGAGUAUGUUCCCAAAGAUGCCGUUCCAAACACUCCUAUCUUCCUUCUCGCGACCGCAGGCAUGCGCCUCCUGCCAGACUUCCAACGAACCGCCUUGCUGCGCAAUAUCUGCUCGUACUUCCAAUCAGAGACCAAGUUCUUGCUUCCGGACUGCGAUCUACAUGUACAGGUGAUCCCAGGUGAGACUGAGGGCUUGUACGGGUGGAUCGCAGCAAACUACCUACUUGGGGGGUUCGAUGAUAAAGAGCAGCAUAAUCAUGGGAAGGGACAUCAUACGUACGGUUUUCUGGAUAUGGGCGGGGCUUCAGCACAGAUCGCUUUCGCGCCAAAUGCUACAGAGGCCGAGAAACACGCCAAUGAUUUGACACUGCUGAGGCUAAGGACGAAUAAUGGUGUAUCACAGGAACACAGAGUUUUCGUCACAACCUGGCUGGGUUUUGGUGCUAAUGAAGCGCGUCGGCGUUAUGUCAAGGACCUAGAAGAGUCCUAUUCAGCCAAAGGACUUACAGAAAUACCAGACCCGUGUCUACCAAAAGACUUAAGGUUGACUCUUGAUGGGACAAUAAUAGAGGAGGACGACCCUUUACCCUCUGGCCAUCACUUGAUUGGGACUGGAAAAUUCGACGAGUGUCUCCAUCGAACGUUCCCACUUCUCGAAAAAGACAUACCAUGUCCAGACGAACCAUGUCUUGUCCAUGGUGUUCAUGUUCCUGCAAUUGACUUUGAUGUCAACCAUUUUGUUGGAAUAAGUGAAUAUUGGCACACGACUCAUGAAAUAUUUGAAAUGGCUCAUAAAGACAAGGCCUAUGAUUUCAACACCUAUCAGAGUCGGGUCAAAGAAUUCUGUGGACAAGACUGGUCGACAAUUGAGAAAGGAAUUGAUGACAAGACCUGGGGAAAGAAGAUCGACGAGCAAACAGCAUUCGAAGUUUGUUUCAAAGCCAGCUGGCUGAUUAACAUGCUUCACGAUGGUAUCGGAAUCCCACGUGUGGGUAUUGAGGACACCACCACUUCUUCCCAUAACGGCACCAAGGAACUUCUAGAGAGCGGCAAAGAGAUGGGCUUUCUCGACCCGUUUCAAGCAGUUGACAAGAUUAAGUCUACCGAGGUUAGUUGGACCAUGGGAAAGAUGGUCUUGUAUGCCUCCGCCAGUGUUCCAGCCGCAGUAGAUGGCGACCUUCCUGUUGGCUUCGGCAGCAACGUCCCAGGCAUCCCAGCCGAUUUCCAACUACCGAGUGGUGGUGUUGUACAGAAGAUUCCUGGUAGUUCAAAUUCUGGAGAAAACAGCCAGAGCAUCACCGACCAGAUUCACGACACUUUAUUCAAAUCCGAUGCUCCUCAUCGCCUCCCGGGUUUCAUAUUCUUCCUCCUCAUCCUGAUCAUUGCUACAUUCUAUCUCUGCGGUCGCGACCGGCGGGCGAAGGUUCGUACAGCUCUUUUCGGGACUCCAGCAUCAGCCACAAAACCCCCUUCAAGAGGACCUUUGUCCUUCUUCAACAGACUGCUUGGCCGCCAACGGACCCCUGGACGUUUCGAUCGUGACCUCGAAGAUGGCACCACACGCUUGUAUGAUCCCAAUGAUUUUGAGUUGGGUAACAUGUCGUCUUCUUCUGACGACGAUGCAAUGUUAGACCCAGCAGACGCCUUUCCCAGAUCCAAAGCUAGGAGCAAGCGAAAUCUAGGCCGCAUGACUCCUGAUAUGAUAGAUCGAGCAGGACUGGUCGUACGCACUGAGAGUCGGGAGAGCCUUGGUGGUGAUAUGACUCUGGGAAUCGCUACUGGCACUGUUAGAACCAGCAGCCGCAACACGAGUCCAACAAGAGGUCGGUGA